UUGAAACGCAAACCCCACCAAAACCGCCACUGGAAAUUCUUAUAAUGUUUUGGUUUCAGUGGCCAACCCUAAUAACUCUGGUAUCUCCAGGCCAUUAAUCAGCAGGUUCUUCAUCCUUUCUGCUCUCUGCAUUUAUAUAGCUGGCCCUUACCUUACGCCGCGACUUUCUAACUCCCGUUGUGUGCGGCAUUUGUCUCCGAGGCUGACAAAGGUCACUUGUCGAUAAUUACGGAGUACCUAGCGAAACAAUCAAACCCCGCCUCUCGGCCAGAACACUCUUCCCCUCCAGAUUCCGCUGAAGAAGUUUGUUCGCAAGCCAUCGCGCAACUCGUCUCCCAGCCAUGGCGACCAUUUCCGGCAGUCGUAACAGUCCUGGCAGCAAUGGCUCGAGAAUGGAAACCGGCACUCCUCAUCCAUACACCUGCAACUCGUGCCAAGUCGCCUUCCGCAACAGCGACCUGCAGAGGGGUCACAUGCGCAGCGACUGGCAUCGGUACAAUCUCAAACGUCGUGUUGCCUCGUUGCCUCCCAUUUCAUCCGAGGUAUUCACCGAGAAGGUCCUGCAGGCACGGGCCGAGACGACGGCACAAGCAGACAAGGCCGGUUUCGAGAGGGCUUGCGAUACCUGCCAAAAGACAUACUACAGCGAGAACUCGUUUCGCAAUCAUCUCCUCAGCGCCAAACACAAGGCGAGGGUUGCUGCCCUAGCAUCGCGGCCUAACGCAAAGAUUGAUGAUGAAGCAAGCUCCAUGUCGUUUUCCCUGGGCGAGCCUGCCGCCACAGACUCGGUGCUCGAUUCCGAUGUUGAAGAAGAGUUUAACGAGGUUGUUGAGGGCUUGAAGAACACCGGGCUUCACAAGAGUGUCUCUCCGGUCAAGCGGCCGUCAAAUCCCCACUUGUCUGAUGCGGAACAGUACAAGCCCGAUCACCCCGUUUCACAGACUCCCAGCGAGAAAGACUCGACCCCUGCCGCAGCCACUCCGACAGGCGUGAAGCCCACUGUGCCGGCCCGGUCGCUCAAGACAUGCUUGUUCUGCAACUACGAGUCCCCUACGCCCCCACUUAAUCUGAACCAUAUGGAACGCAUCCACGGCAUGUUUGUCCCCGAGAAGCAGUAUCUGGUGGACCCCGAAGGCUUGCUUCGCCACCUUCAAGAACGCGUUUUCGAUCUGAACGAGUGUCUCACAUGCGGGAAAGUGAAGGCUAAUGCAUAUGCUGUGCAAACACAUAUGCGGGAUAAGGGGCAUUGCCAGAUUCCAUACACUACAGAGGCGGAUCAGCUCGACAUAGGCGAGUUCUACGAUUUCCGUAGCACCUACUCGGAUGGGGAGGAUGAUUGGGAGGACGAGUCGGAGGAUGGUGAGCAGCAAAACGGCGGUGCAAAACUCGGGGCUAAGCGCUCCAGUAAGGUCACUGGUUCAGACGGCGGGGAAGUGGAGGAAGAGGAGGGCUGGGAGACAGACAGUGAAGCCUCAUCUCUCGAUUCUAACGACCUCCAUGCUGUUCCGGCCGAGCAGCAUUACCAUCAAUACGAACGGCUAAGCAAGCAUCCGCACCAUGCACGCGAUACAGCUCGUACCCAUCACCAAGCCGAUGGCUGGCAUGCGCACGGCCACAGGCGGCCCCAUGCUGUCUUUUACGACGAAUACGAGCUUCACCUGCCCUCUGGCAAGUCGGUCGGCCACCGCUCAUUGAACCGGUAUUACCGCCAAAAUCUGUAUAAUCACCCGAGCCCGGCUGAGCGAGCGGAACGUCUCGCCAUUGAGGCCGCGGAACGGGGGGAUGCGAUGGACGUCGACGGUGAUGAGAGCCAGAGCGCCACACCCAGAGGGCGAAGCAGGGACGCUGCCGCUGCCGCCCGCGAGCGCGCUCUGGUUACGAGGGAGAUGCGAGGACUCGGUGUCACGAACCUCUCAGAUAAGACUGUGAGGAAGCUCGUCAUCAAGGGUCGCCAAAGAGAGUGGAAGAAUCAGGAGAAGCGGGGCAUGCUACAGACAAACCUCGCCAUCAAGGAGCGGGCUGCCCAUCCUGCCACCUACCUUCGUUAAGCAUCCACAUGCACUGAUCUCUUGCAUAGCCUCGCCGGCUUGCUGUUCUCGAUACCAAGGGACAUUGGGUUAGAUGGGGUGGUCUUCUCAUGGGAUCUCUGUUUCGACGAAUGAGAUCAAUAUUCUCAACUAUAGAGCAUCGACGGUGUGAGGCUAUUGUGCAUGUGAAAGGGGUAGAUAAAAUUUGAAUGAUG